AUUUCCGGUUUCUGUUUGUCUCGUAGUUCGUGGUUUUUCUUGUUUUUAUGGCUGAAGAGGACGUGUGUAUGUUUCUGAAUUCGACGCGAAGGAAAAUUGACUCUAUUUUCAGCGAACGGCUCGUUUACGCAAGAAGAACACUUAUAUCACGGAGUCGAUUUGGGAUUUUUUUCUCGUCCCGUAGCGUCCUCGGACAAAGUCACCGUCCUACAAUGGACUGACUGCGGAAGAUCACCUCAACUCCUUGAGUCAGCCUAGUAAUGCUGCAUGAGGAACGGAUGAGAGGACCCAUUCAGCCCAGCGCUGUGCGCGCGGAGGUGCGCGCUGCGUGUGACAAAUGUUGAGAUAAAACCAAACAACAAGGUGCUUAACCUAUAUUGGAUAUGGUUCUGUAAACGGAUGGAGUGAACAGAGCAAAGAGGGAGCAGACAGACCGCAGCUUGGUCGCGUGUGAUGAUAGGAGACACAAUGACACUCUUGUCUCUCCUUGGUCGCAUCAUGCGUUAUUUUCUCCUCAGGCCCGAGACUUUGUUCUUGCUAUGUAUAAGUCUGGCUCUAUGGAGUUAUUUCUUCCACACGGACGAGGUGAAAACCAUCGUCAAAUCCAGUCGGGACGCCGUAAAAAUGGUGAAGGGAAAAGUGGCCGAGAUGAUGCAGAACGACCGUCUGGGAGGCCUGAGUGUGCUGGAUGCAGAGUUCUCCAAAACAUGGGAGUUCAAGAACAACAAUGUGGCGGUUUACUCUAUACAGGGUCGGAGAGACCACAUGGAAGACCGCUUUGAAGUGCUCACUGACAUCACCAACAAGAGCCAUCCAUCUAUAUUCGCAAUAUUUGACGGGCAUGGAGGAGAGGCUGCAGCAGAUUUUGUGAAGGCUCACCUGCCUGAUGCUCUGAAGCAGCACCUGCAAGCCUUUGAGAAGGAGAAGAGAGACAGUGGGCUCUCCUAUGCUAGUAUCCUGGAGCAGCGCAUCCUGGCUGUGGACCGUGAAAUGCUGGACAAGCUUUCUGCCAGCCAUGAUGAAGCAGGUCAGAAGGGAGGGGGCACCACCUGCUUAGUGGCCCUGCUGUCAGAUAGAGAGCUCACUGUAGCAAAUGUUGGAGACUCCCGCGGCGUGUUGUGUGACAAAGAUGGAAAUGCUGUUGCACUGUCACAUGAUCACAAACCAUAUCAACUCAAGGAACGCAAGAGGAUCAAGAGAGCAGGCGGCUUCAUCAGCUUUAAUGGAUCGUGGAGAGUCCAAGGAAUUCUAGCCAUGUCCCGCUCUCUUGGUGAUUAUCCCCUGAAAAACCUCAACGUUGUCAUUCCUGACCCUGACAUCAUGACCUUUGACCUGGAUAAACUCCAACCUGAGUUCAUGAUCCUAGCCUCUGAUGGUCUGUGGGAUGCUUUCAGUAACGAGGAAGCUGUUCGUUUUGUUCGCGAGCGCCUGGAUGAGCCACACUUUGGCGCCAAGAGCAUUGUUCUCCAGUCCUUUUAUCGAGGCUGUCCAGAUAACAUUACUGUCAUGGUGGUGAAGUUUAAAAGUGGGGCAAGUGGUGGCAAAACAAGUGAGUAGACAUAGAAGAGAUUACGCCAGUAUUUUCUGAAUGACGAUGAUGGAUUCAUGUGAGUGUGAAAUGAAAAAAAUAAAAACAUGAAAUAGCAUACGAUUGCAUUAAGGGCAUUCAGCCUCAUAACAGACCCUUAACCCGACAAGAUGUACAGGUGCAUUAAAAUAAAUUGGAAUAUGAUGGAGAAGUCAAUAUUUCAGUAGUUACAUUCAAAGUGAAGCUCAUUUAUUAAAUUAUUGGUUUUAUUUCUGUGCAAAUAAAUGGUGAUGUUGGGCCUUAGGCAGGGUGUAUCCAGCAUAGUAACCAGCUAGUAACAGAAGAGACUGUCUUUCAAUACUAAGCAAUUUUAUAGUUAUACAUCCCACCCAAUGUCCAUUAGUAACUUACUCAACAUUUUGUAUAAAGAAAUGUGUCUUACUUUUUGGACUACUGGAAUAAUUCUCUUCCAUUGCAUUCUUAUUUACUAUUGAACCAGCAUACACAAGAUUAUGAUUGCAAUGAUACCUAUUGUACAUGCACAUGGAUGGUACAGCUACUCUGGGCAAUUUCUAUAAAACAGACUUGAAACUAGUGCCUAUAGAGAUGCAUAAAAAUUGAGGGAAUUUCAUUUUGAGCAUUUGGUUGGCUAAAACUAAACUUGCUAAUUUAAAUCGGUUUGGCUCGGGUGGAUCUUUAUAUCACAAAUACUGACACUUAAUAUGAAUGUCAAAUGACUAAUGCACAAAAUAAGAUACUCGGUGAUAAAAUGCAUGGACAGCAAUCACAAAAAUGCACUUUUUAUUUGUUGAGAAUGGAUUUUUUUUUACAUCUAAAUUAUAAUGUAAACACAAGAUCCAUGUAUGUAAACCUGCUUUAGAUCCAGACUCUGUUUUUAUUUUUUUUUAUGUGUUCCAGGCAUGUGCAGUGCUCCAUCAAAUAGCUAUAAUAGUAUUUCAUCUAUGAAUACACACCCAUCAUGGAUUAAUAUGGCACUGAACUGAAUGCUUGUUUCUUGUGGGGCAAAUACGAAGCAAUACAGUAAAAGCAAUGAUCUGUUAUGGAAGAUUUUACUUAAUUUAAACUGUUUUGUCAUUCAUGUUAAAUGCUGUGUUUUAUGGCAUUUGUUUAGAAUAAGCCUUUUAUUUAACAGUUUGCCUAAUGCCUUAUUUAUUGUUGAGUUUGUGGAUACGUCAAAUUGUGUUUUUGUUAUAUUUUACUUGAUCAGAAAUAAAAUGGGCACUUGUGAAAGA